UGUCGCCGAUUCGGCAGGAUUAAUUUGCUCCAUGCAUCGUGGGGGCUAGACCCCAGACUCUCGCCACGUGUUCGACUACCACCAAUCAUAACAGCGGUCGUCAGUUGGGGUCCUUACGGCACCAUGAUGACCAACAAGUUCGACGAGCUGCUCACCCAGCUGGGGACUGGCAAGUGGAACCUGAUCCAUUUCAUCAGCACAUGCUACUGGUACUUCUUCCUGCCGUCGCAGACCUUCAACAUGAUGUUCUACGCCCCAGCAGUCAACUACACGUGCCUGCCACCUGAAGGAGAGAACAUUACUCACAUAUCAGAAGAUUCAUGCACCUACACAGUGGACAGGUCAUCCUUGGCGGGGUUGGAAGAGAAACACUGCACCGAGUGGGACUUCGACACUUCCGUCUUCACUCGGACUCUCACCUCUGAGUUCGGGCUGGUGUGUCAGAAUGCGUACCUCCGAGCCAGCUAUCAGAGCAUCUACAUGUUCUCCACCAUAUUCAGUCUCUUUAUUUCGGGAUAUAUAGCUGACAGGUACGGAAGAAAGAUCGUGGUGGUGGUGUCACUGGUGAUGUUCAGCUUCAUAUCCCUCGGCACCUCUGUCAUCACUAACUUCAGUGUCAUUCUCGCCUUCCGCUUCAUUAUGGGAACCUUAGCCAACCCCACCACCUACAUGCUUUGUUUGGCUUGGACCAGACAGCCUCUGGUGAGUUUAGGGCGAUCAGUUGCUGGGUACUGCCGUAUGUUAUCGUCUAGGGGCCUGGCCCGCCUGGGUGAACGUCAAGUCAUUUCAGCAUAUACUAGGGCAGGGCAAGAAUCGUUAAAAUUGGAAUCGACAGUUCCGAUUUUCAGUGUCAAUGGAAUCGCUGGAAUCGAUUCCAGAAUCGAUUCCUCAAAGUAAGCAAAUAAUGUCAUAUAGUUAUAGGGGGCAGCAAAAGGCCUCCCCCAUGCCUCACGGGACUACUAAUCUCUGUCUUGGAAGGAUAGCAUGUAAAUGUAUUCAAUAUUUAAAUGUUAUUUUAUAUGGGGAAUACAAUAAACUUAAGAAAGUAA